AUGGCUUACUCUCGGACGGCCGCCGUGGUCGUGCUGCUGCUGCACGCCGCAUGCCUCUCAUCGCUGCAUCGUCUCGUUGCGGGCCACGUGUGGCCUCUCAGUGAAGCCUCCCGCCGCGAGAUGGCCGUCAAGGCGCCUCCCGCAUGCCCCGCUGGCGUGGUGUGCCCGACGGGAGCGUACUGCGUGGUGGACAGCGGCGGCUUCCCCUUCUGCAAGUGUCUGAGCGGGCAGGGCAUCAUCAACAACGGCGCGUGCAUCGGCGGAAUGAGCUGGAAGACGGUGGCCACGAGCGUGGUGCUCUACAACGCCGCCUCCUUCGCCAACUCGCCCGCCACGCUCGCACCCGCCGUGCUGCGCGCGCCAGCACCCAACACGUCGGCGUGCAGGGUGGUGCCGAAGGGGUUCAACGGCACGGUGGGGUCGCUGCGGAUCAUGUGGAACGUGAAUGACGGCGCGAGUAACCACCUGGUGUGCGGCAAGCUGGUGUUCUGGGACAAGAAGGACUGCUCUGGCUCUUCAUUUGUGUACGAGAUUCCCGGCAAGUGGACGGCCGCCAAGGCCGACAACUUCAAAUACGCCACCACCAGCGUCAAGAAGGCAGCGGGCGUGGUGGCGACGGGCAGGUCCUUCUCGUGUCUGGCGGCCGUGAAGCCGCCUGAAACGGACCUGUGCUCCACGGCGGCAUGCCCGCCCAGCUCCAAGUGCUCCCUCAAGAACAGCACGUAUGCUGUGUGCACGUGCGACUCUGGCACCACCAUGGUCGACGGCUACUGCGUUUGUCAGUCGUCUCCCACCCGCUCCCCUUUUCUCCCCCUCUCUCCCCCUCUCUCCCCCUCUUUCCCCCUCUCUCUCCCUCUCUCUCCUUCUCUCUCCCACUCACUCCCCCUCUCUCCUCCUCUGUCCAACGAUACCUUUGGCAUGUUUGAUCUGCCGUACACUUACUGCCCACCGGGCCUCAACAUGCACUCUGGUGCUUGCCUGCCAGGAAUCCUUCCCGACGUGGCAGACGUGGCCAUCAGCAUCUACAACGUGCCCGCCUUCCAGAGCACGGACCCGCCUUACAUCUUCCGCCUCAAGCCCAACAAGUGCGUCACCAUCCCGCCGGACGUGAUUGGCAGCAGCAAGUCGGUGGGCAUGGUGUUCCGUGCGCCGGGGACGAACGUGCGGUGCACCACGAUUACCAUCUACGAUGCGCUCUUCUGCAAGGGGAACGCAAUCAGCUCCGACGUGCCGUCUGGCAACGACAUGGCUAUGAUUCCCCUUAUGUCUGCCCUCCAACUUCCCUGUCUCUAG